GUUAUCUUCCGUGUUUUAAUUUUUCAGGCGUACGACUUCGAUAAUGUAGGAAAAUUGCAUGCCAGACUUGGUAGAUCGGUGAAAAUAGGUGACACCUGACCAGCAUUAUGAUGAUUCUCAAUGGUGACUAAAUCAGGAACAUGAACUGUGAGCAGUAAUUGAUGAACCAUGUAUGCCGAGUGGUCCUUGCAGUGAGCCAUAUUUAUAAGUAGGGAACCAUGUAUGCUGAGUGGGCCUCACUUCAAAAUGACAUCCAGUGUGACAAGGCCAACCAGAGUGUCCUACACAAGUUCCCUCCCCUUGUCGGCCGAGAUGUGGCCUUUACGGUGGUCAAGCACAUCGCGUCCAGUAUCAAUCACGCAGCCAAUAACUCGGAACCCUCAAACCUCAACACUGACAAAGAUGUUAAGUGGGCAAUGGAGGUGCUGUGUUUUGGGCUGAGCCUACCACUGGCAGAGCAUGAGACGAUCAAGGAGUGUGUUCUUGUGUACUUUGAGUGGUUGUCCGCGUGCACUUCACCUAAAGUAUGCGUUCCGCGGCCUGUGAAGGAAAAUCCAAACCCAUACGCUCAGGACAUGAUACACCACUUACUGAACUUGUUUGUGCCACGUCCUGGCUCAGGAGUGGACUUAGUAAAGAGACAGGCACUGCUCUGUCACCGAGUUCUCCGGUGUAUAGAAGAUGUCGCAGAAAAGUCGAACGUGUUGACGAGGGACACCUGGGAAACGUUGCUGAGGUUUCUCCUGGCGGCCAACGACAGUUUACUGUCUCCGCCCACGGAAAAAGACGAUACAGGACUGAGCUCAUAUGAUAUUGGCGACCAUCUCUGUGAGCGAGUGCUCAGUGUACUGUUUGAAAUGUGGCUCCUGGCAUGUCACAAGUGUUUCCCAUCACCGUCGCUGUGGAAGACUUUCCGUAAUAUGUGUGUGAACUGGCGCCACCACGAAGCAUUGGUAACACAGUGGCACAAGGUCAACCAUAACCUGACGUCACGCCUCCUCAAGGUCAUGUACGGCCCUGAGUACCCAGAGCUCCAGCUGAACGAGACUGAGAGCCAGUUUAUCUCCCCUGAUAUGACAGAUGACUGUGUGGCUCAGUGUUGGUUCCGCUUCCUACACAUCAUACAGAACCCAGUCGACCUGUGUCACCCCGAGAUCAUCGGCGGCACCCCCAAGUUCUUACAGCUCCGCUCAGGGGAUGGCCUGGAUCCCAGCCAACACGAGUGUCUACAGAAACUGCCGUACAUUUUCUACAAGGCAAUGAGAGGAAUCUCCAUAUUAAUCAAUGCAUUUCUAGGUAUAUCUCAAUCACUGAAGGCAGAGGAAGAAUUGACCCAGCCUGCUCCAAGUAAUCGUCACUCAGUCAAUGUACCACCUGUCACCCCUCCGGGACAGAGAAAGUCCACACGCCCAAUGUCAGUACUGGCUGGAACUCUCUCACAAAAAGUAUCCUCAAAGUCAUCCUCAGUGGCUGCCAAAUCAACAGUGCCGCCUCCCACCAAUUUUCCUGGCCAGCUCCUUCUUGACUCUCGCCAGCCGCUGGCCCCGGCCCGUCCGCGCUGUAACAGUAUCUUACACAUGUAUGGGGCCUGGCUGUUUGAUGCUGCAUUGGCCCGAGUCCGACUACAGGCUUGUCACAGAGGACCCACCGUCAGCGCUCGUACAGAUCGAAGAACUAACUCCUUCACCGACACGAGACAAGGCUCCAUUUCCCUUGACUAUCAUUCGGAUCUGAGUCUGUUGGUGGACAACACCUAUGAGACUGGGCGUGCAGAGGCACUGGGCGCCCUCUGUAGGAUCUUUUGUGCACAUAAGACAGGGGAGGAAAUCCUUGCUGUUUACUACUCACGCUUUUACAACGCUAUGUACUAUGGCCUACAGACAUCUGAGGAUAGUCUGAGUGGUCAGGUGUUGGCCAGUAUCCUGUUUAACUCCUGUGACCUGUUACGUGUGGAUCUGGAUGGUGUACAGAUUUUGGUUCCAUACAUACUUGAUGCACUGCAGCUGAUCCUCAGUGACCAAUCCCCCAGACUCAAACUCAGCGACUCGACCGUGGACUGUCAUAACGUUGAGCUCCGGCGUUCCUGUAUACAGCUCCUACUGUCCCUUCUCUGUCUACCCCUACACUUCAAGGACCUGGAAAUCAACGACAUAGUGUCGAGUCCAGAUACCCCAACACAGUGUAUUACGUUUAUCUCACUGAAGAAGAAGAUCAUGGAACUAUUGCUGAAGGCUUUAUACAACGCCAAGGAUCCCACUAAUACUCAGAUGUUGUUAGGGGGCCUGAUGUUGAUUGUACAGGAUUUGGCCAUGUGUGAAGCUGCAGAUCAGACCACGGUCCAACCCCAGCAUGACACCUCCGGGGAUUCCGACUCACACGGAGAUACCAGCCGCACCAGCAUGAACUCCAUGUCAUCCGACUCCAGCUAUCACGAGUCGUCGUACCAUCGCCUGCCUCUCACCCCUCAGGAUCUCGAGACGGCGUAUGGUCUGUUUGGCGAUGCUACAGCACUGGUAUGCCACCGUUUGAUGGCCUCAUGGAAGACCGACCUGAACACGGCACUAGCGGCUAUGGAACUUCUCGGGGGCCUCGCCAAGGUCAACAUCAACCCACCUAAUCUGCUCAUGUGUAAGCGCACAGUCAAAUGGAUCUGUGAGUUUAUCGUGUAUCAGUGUAGCCGCCCCGCCCCCUCUCACUCACGUGACCUUCACUCCAUGAUCGUGGCAGCGUUUAAGUGCCUGACUCUGUGGCUUGUGGAGCACAGCCGUCUGAUGUACGACAAAGAGUGUCUCAUUAACGUCCUAGAGGUGGUCGAACUCGGCAUAUCAGGCUCAAAGUCACAGAAAGUGACAGGAGAGAAUCACAGUGUUUCCGUUAAGGAUUCAAAAACUGUGACGACACAGAAUCGGGCCAGUGAUCCCCCAAAAUUCAAGGGAGAUAAGCAGUUAAUGCCUGCAUCGAUGAGGGUAAAAGAUGCUGCCGAGUCAGUUCUCACCUGUAUUAUUCAACAUGUGGGAGCUUUCCCUCCUCCGUGUGGGCCUGAGUCUUUGUUCUCGUUAUUGGAUGAGAAAUCCCUCUUGAAGUACUGCAAGGGUGUGGGAUUUUCCGAGCAGGCGUCGCCUUUCCGAUAUUUUGUCCUGGAAAACUCCAUUAUUGUGGGAUUGCUGGAGCAACCGUUGGGAAAUGUGGAGGAUCCACUGCCCAACGUGACGGCCUUGAUACGAGGCCCAUUUGGGAGACAUGCUUGGACCAUGCAACUGCGGCAUUCUCCCCGAAAUAAAAACGUUAACUCCAAGUCACACCUGAGUGACCCUGGACGACCUCUGCCGAUGGAAAAUGUUGGAAUUCACCACAACGUCAAACAUCGGCACUUUCCGGAGUCUGUUGACAAGAUCCCAUUUUCUCAGGCUGAUAAGAGUAUCCCUACCCUGGAGUCGCUGGUGACGGAGAAGGAAAGAGCCAACCUGACCAAGCUCAAGUCCUUCAUUGAGAAACAGAUACAGUUCGAGAAUCAGAUCAACAGUCGCAGCAAACAGGAUCUCGCCAAGUCCAAGUUCCCCAACCCCGAAACAGAGUGUAAACCCCCAAAAGUGACCCAGGAGUUUCAGACAGCGAGACUGUUCCUAUCUCACUAUGGGUUCCUGUCUUUGGAGUCCCUCAAGGAACCUAAGAACAGCAGUAUUCCUCCCGCCCUUGUGAUGCUAGAUACAACCAACUCCGCGCUGUUCACUGACCUUGAAAGUCUCGACACGGUGACUGCUCGAGACAACGACACUGUUCAUGUGUUCUACGUCAAGUCUGGACAGAAACUGCCACAAGAAAUUCUGGGUAAUGUGACAUCCCGUAACAAUGUCCAGCCUCAGUUCCUGGAAUUCCUACACUCACUCGGCUGGCCGGUUGACAUCAGGAAACAUGCUGGCUGGACAGGACACAUCAGCACCAGCUGGAAAAUCACAGAACCAGACGACUUGGAUGAGGACGAGUUCCAGCUGGGGACGGGCGGCUCUAUUUACGACGGGAGACAGCAGGUUCUGUACUGGGCCGAUGUGUCCUCCGAGGUGGCCUUUGUUGUACCGUCCCUAGAGACUUACAAUACAAAGAUGUUGUCCGUCGACUCCAGUGGAGAGCGAUCCCCACUGUUUCCACACCACGUAGAGAAGCAGGGAUCAGAGCCAACACACAAGCCCAAGUCACUGUCCCUAGAACGCACCAUCACCUCCGAGGUUGGGGACAGAAUCCGGGCCGACAGAGAAAGUCCCAGCUCUCCACAGGAACCCCCAACGGUCCGCUUCCGUAACCAACGCAGACAACCAGCACAUAUGAUUGGACCUGACACAAAAAUGUUUGUCGUGUGGUUAGAAAAUUUUGAGGACCAUGACAAUUUUCCUUCAGGAGAGUUACUUGGGGUGACCAGUACAGGCGUGGAUCACUUUGUUACCACGAGCACCAGUAGCACAAGCUCUACACACAAACUUCAGGAGAAGGACACCUUUAUUAUAUUCAUACACGCUCUAAAGAAUGGACUGUUCCGUAUACACAUGCAAGGCCAAACUAACAGAGUGUCCAUGGCGAUACCUCUGGUGGAUGGGAUGGUGGUCAGUAGGAGAGUGCUCGGGACAAUGGUCAGACAAACGUGCAUUAACAUAUGUCGCAGGAAACGGCUCGAGAGUGAACUGUACCAGCCUCCCCAUGUGAGAAGAAAACACAGAAUUCAGGAAAUUGUGAAAAACUACCAUCUCAAAAUGUCUGAACCUGAAUUUUACACUGCAUUAUUUCAAGACGUACCGAAGUGAAGUUUGAGCCACAUCAUGUUGUAGACUUUUAGUUCAAUUUGUGGAAGUGAAUUAAUUGCAGUGAUGAAGGAUUUUAUAAUCACUUGACCAGCUAUGAAAGUUUACUAUGAUAAACCCAGUGUGCCAAAUUAUAGGACAAGCUUCCAAAUCAGGCUUGAUUUGAUGAGAAAAAUGAUUGAGAUUUAUUUAUGUGUUCUUUCAAGGUUAUUUUUGCUACAGUUGUUUUUAAUUCUGUCAAAAUUUAGAUACAAAACUAUACAAAGAUUUGUAUCGUAAUCUUGCCAGUCUUUAAAAAUAAUGGAAUUUUCUAUUUUAACAUCAGGAUAAUGAAGACUUAAAAUUACAGAUCAGAAAAGGAUAAAAUCAGAGUGAGAAUAUAUUGACUCGCCUCACAGUGAAGGUGCCAUCAAUACACUUCUUUUUAAAUAAUAUCCUUAACAGUGGCGCAAAGUUAGCCAUUCUAUUUUUUUGUCUAAGAAACAUUGUUAAAAGUCUGUGAAACAAUGUUUCCAUGGAAACAUGUAAACUAGGAUACAGUUUGAGUUGUGAAAAUUUCUGUCGUUUUCUAUUUCCCAUACACACACACAUACACACACCCAUACACACACACAUACACACACCCAUACACACACACAUACACACACCCAUACACACACACAUACACACGCCUAUAGGUCCAUGUAUACUUAGUAGUGAAGUCAUAUUUAUUUAUCAUUUAUCGUUUAAAGACUACUUAACUAUGUUAUUGUGAGCGAUCACCUGUUGUAAAUGUAUUUAUUAUUGAUGUUAUCAUUGUUAUUGAGAUUCUAGUCAAACCUUGAUGUACAACACUAACUGCACAAGCUGUAGGGGUGUACAUACUUUGUGUGACUGUCCGUGUUAACUGGUGAUGCUAAAAACCAAAGGAUACAAUUUUCACACUACAGAGCGAAGUAGAGUGUCGUACAAACUUAUGUACUCAGCUGUUUAUGUGAUCACGCUCUUCUCUGUGUGUACAAAUCAAAAAGUCGCUGGUGUUGUUCGGAGCAUGUUGCUCUAUACCGUUAUGUGUUUAAAGGGAGAUGCAUCAAAGUCUGCUAUUAUGAAAUUUCUGUUGAUGUCUUCCUUAAACUCCCAAAGGAAAUAUAUUGAUACUUUUUCUUCCGGAUGCAUUAUUAUUACUCUCCAAGAAGCACUGGAUACCUACAUUUGAGAGGAUAACUGGUCGCCUAAUGUAAAUUGGCAGUAAGCUGGUGUGUGUCUCCCUAGACCCAGCUCUGAUGUGUCUUACCAUUCUGUUCCCACAUAAAUAUAUGAUACAAUAUACCAGAACAUAAACAUUUUACUGAUAAAUUCUAAAUAAUUUGUGAUGAAAUUUGAUAAGAUUUGUCUUUCUUUAGGUUGUCAUUCAUUUCAGAUUCUGUUAGAAAGUUUCAAAAUCUAAUAUUUUAAAAAAAGAUAAAAAAAAAAAAGAUAAAAAAAUUUUCAUGUCUCCAAGGUUUCCAUGUGGGGAAAAUUUGAGGAAAAUGGUUAAAAUACAUGAUUUUGAAAGUAAAUUUUAAGGGUGAGGGGGUUUCUUGAGGCCCAAAAAAACCCUCUGGAUCUGCCACUGCUUGUAUGUAUCACUUUCAGAGUAUUUAUAACAAAGUCAUGAUCAGGGUUAAUAUUUUGUUCUUUGUGGUUCUGUGAGACAAGGUAAGGAAUGGAGAUAUGUACUGUUUGUUCUUUGUGGUUCUGUGAGACAAGGUAAGGAAUGGAGACAUGUACUGUUUGUUCUUUGUUGCGAGACAAGGUAAGGAAUGGAGACAUGUACUGUUUGUUCUUUGUGGUUCUGUGAGACAAGGUAAGGAAUGGAGACAUGUACUGUUUGGUCUUGUUUAUAACCAUCUAAAAGACCACGGUUCUCAUCAGGAUAAAUACUUACUCAUUAUAAUUCUGAUCUGUAUUACAUGUAUCUCCCUUAAGGAUAUACGCUUCAUUACACUUUAAAGGCCAGUUUUGUGUUGGAGUUAUCUCCCUUAUAACAUAAUCAACUUUCAAUUUAUUUACCAAAUUAAAUAUUUCUAAGCUAAAAAAGAGUUUUGCCCAUUUUUUUCAACAUGAAACUCUAAUGAAGAUACAUAUCACAUUAAGGUGGCGUAUAUCCUUAAAGAAUGCAGUAGACCCUUCAGGCCUUUUGUGCAUAACAUAAUGUCUACAGAACCUCUGAUAACUUGUUUGAAUUAUUACUGCUUUAUCCAUGUAAAAUCGAUAGCAUUGCAUAAGUGUCAGAGUGAAAGCUAGUAUAAACUUAUUGAUCAAAAUCCUGUGAUUUCCUGGGAGCCAUUAUGUUAUAGGUUAUCUGAUACCGUAUGUAGUAACCCAGCAUAUAUCUCUACGUCUCUCGGCAACGUGUGUAAGGGGUUAGUCAGACUACAAUUACAAUGAAAGGUGUUUCUGAUCAACCAUAGCAGGAACCAGGAAGGAUGUUCGGACAGCACCUAUGUCUGCUGUCAACACUCAAGUGCUGUACCUGUUGGUGGUGUCUUCCAUCAAGACAAGAGAGGAUUCGAAAAGGAAACAUUUUAUUUCAGAAGAGAGAAUAACUGAUGUGAAAUACAUGCAUGUAAAUCAAAUAUAUCUAUCAAACCUUCA